GGUUUUGGAGAAAUAUGAUUGGGAAGGUCUAUUUCAUCUCAACCACAUGUAUAAAAAAUUAGAAACACAAUUUUAAUUUAUUUUUACACAUGUAAAUCUUGAUGUAGUCUAUUCAAAACAAUAUGCAAAUCUUUGAAACAAACUAAGGUAUAUAAGUAACAAGAUUGAGAGCACAAAAUUCAUAAUUCAAAGCCAAAACUAAUUCAUUUGAUCAUCAAUGUCAAAACUUAGUAGGUUGGAAGGUAAGGUUGCUAUAGUGACAGGGGCGGCAAGCGGAAUAGGAGCAGAGACGGUGAAAACAUUUGUCGAAAAUGGAGCAUUUGUAGUUAUAGCAGAUAUUAAUGAUGAAUUAGGCCACCAAGUUGCAACUUCAAUUGGGUUAGACAAAGUGAGCUACCACCAUUGCGACGUUAGAGAUGAAAAACAAGUUGAAGCAACCGUAGCAUUCGCCUUAGAGAAAUACGGCACAUUAGAUAUUAUGUUCAGCAAUGCUGGAAUUGGAGGAGCUAUACAUAGCAUACUAGAACUUAAUCUUAAUGAAUUUGACAAUAUGUUGGCCAUCAAUAUUCGUGGAUCGGCUGCAUCUAUCAAACACGCCGCGCGUGUCAUGUUGGAAAGAAAAAUACGCGGAUCCAUAAUUUGUACGACCAGUGUAGUUGCCGCUAUUGCUGGAAGUACCGGUCAUGAUUACACAACAUCUAAAAGUGGUCUUUUAGGCCUUGUUCGCUCGGCGUGCGGUGAGCUUGGAGCUUACGGAAUCAGGGUCAAUUCAAUUUCGCCGUACGUUGUUGGCACACCUCUUACAUGUAGUGAACUGAACAUGGAGGUGAGUGAAGUUGAAGCUAUUGGGAUUGGUUCUUCUAAUUUGAAAGGAAUUACAUUGAAGACUACUCAUAUUGCAGAAGCUGCUUUAUUUCUUGCAUCAGAUGAAUCAGCUUAUAUUAGUGGACACAAUUUGGUGGUUGAUGGAGGUUUUUCUGUCAUUAAUAGUUGUGUUCCUUAGUAUUACAAAAUAAAUUAUUCAUUUCUUUGAAUGCAUCCAAAAUAAAAUACUCCCAUAAUAAUAAAGAAAUUAACAAUUACUCUCCUUA